CUCAUUUUCACACCAGCGAAGAAGCAGCUCAUAAGAAAGAAUCAUUCAUUCAUUCAUCUUCCCCCUCCCGUCGCCGCCGCCGCUGUAGAUGAAGAAAACCACCAUCGCCGCCGCCGUUCAAUAAUCAACAGUAUCAUCACCAUCAUCUUUAACAUGAGCAAAUCAUCAAGAUUUGUCCUCCUUCCAUUCUCCAUCGGCUGCAACUCUCACUCCAGCGUCCAGCUCGCCGGCGAUUCUCCCCCGGACUCCGACCAACCUCCUCCCGACCAUCUUGAGCACCACCGCUUUAAGAAGAAGAAGAAGCGAAUUCCCUCGAAGUCGCCGGCCGGAAACCCGAGGGAAAGAGGAGGAAAUGAUGAAGAUGAAGAAGAAGGGAGAGAAAGCAGCCGGCCAUGGUCGUCGGCGGCGUGGUGUGGUGGAGCUAUCGAGAAAAAGAAGAAGAAGAGGAAAAAGCCGACCGUGCCACCAACAACUAACAAAUCCAUCAAUGCCGCCGCCGGCGGCAGCGGAGGCGUCAACAAGUUCGUGACUACCAUCAAAGCUUCCAUAACUCAAUUAUUCGUGUACAGAGACGAAGAAGAAGAAGAUGAAGAAAUAGAGAUGGAGAUUGGUUUCCCUACCGACGUAAAGCACGUGACGCACAUAGGGCUGGAUGGCAACACGACCAUGGACAACAGUUCCAUGAAGGACGGUUGGGAUCACAACCUCAAACCUCCUCCUGAGAUCAUCUCCUUCCCUUCCAUCUCCCUCAAGCAGUUUGAGCUCGCCAUGGCUGCCCAAGCUCAUGGCCAACACCACCACCACCUGCAACUUCAACCUUGUGAAUGAUUUCCCUAACUUGAUUUUUUUUUGGGAGUGAUUUGGACAUUUAUGCUGAAAUGAACAAGUGUGAUUGAAUGGGGAUUAGUUUGUAGGAGGAAAUGUCUUUUUCUUGUUUGUCCUUUGAAUGAUGAGUUCUUGUUUUCAGUCUUUUUGUUGUU